AUGACACUAGGACCCGUGGUAACAGGAACUUCGGUAAUUGCCCUCAAGUAUAAACAUGGAAUUUUAAUCGCAGCUGAUAGGAAAGCUAGCUACGGAAGCUAUGCAAAGUUCCAGAACGUGGAAAGGAUUUUCAAAAUUAACAACAAGACAGUGAUGAGCUUUAGUGGAGAAUUGGCAGAUGCACAGUACCUACACGAGUUACUGACAAGAGUGAAUGUGAAUAAUGUAAUGGAUAAGAAGAGUAAAUACGAUUUAUACAAUACCAAGUAUUAUCACUCCUACGUUGGUAGAUUAUUUUACAACAGAAAGAAUAAAAUAGAUCCCUUAUUCAAUAAUAUAAUCAUUGCAGGGGUGAAUUCACAAGAGUAUGAUGAUAACGACAAAGAUAUACUUUUGUAUUCAAAUCCACAAACGAAUGAUGAAUAUAAAGUUAUAAAUAAAGAUGAUUUAUACAUUGGAUUUGUUGAUAUGCACGGCACUCAAUUUUCUGCUGAUUAUAUGACAACAGGUUAUGCUCGUUACUUCGCUCUAACAUUGCUUCGAAAUCAUUACAAAGAUUACAUGUCUGAGGAUGAAGCAAAAGUUUUGCUAAAUGAAUGUCUACGUGUUUUAUAUUUUCGAGAUGCAACUGCAUCAAACAAGAUUCAAAUCGUCAAAAUUACCAGUAAGGGUGUGGAGUAUGAGGAACCUUACUUUCUCUCUAGUGAGAUGAACUCACAGGACUAUGUCUAUCCCUCUAUCAUGCUUCCCGCAACAGGAUGCAUGUGGUGA